GGUGUGGAGAAGGCAGAGAGGAAGGAAGAGCGAGAGAGCAGGGGAGGGCGGCAGAGAGAGACGGGCGACGGCUCACAUCGACACCUACAGUAGGCAGUCAGGCUGAGUGAGAAGGGGAAAGGAAGCUCUCAAUGGGGAGGUCCCUGUGAAGUAUAGUCUACCUGUCGGAGCUCAUUCAGCCCGCGCUGAUCGUGGAACUGCGGGAAGCCUAUUGCACUUGCGAGGGAUGAACAGUCCAAACAUGUUUCCAACACAAUUCGUCUGCGCUGUUUUGAUUGUGUACCACGGGACGCAAAUCUGCAGUGGAUUUAAUAUAGACGAACGGUUUCCUGUGAUCAAAGAGGGAAAAACCAAAGGGAGCUUCUUUGGGUUCUCGGUCGCUCUGCAUCAUCAGACGGAGGGCUCCAGAAAGUACCUGCUUCUUGCAGGAGCACCCAAAGAGAAAGCCGCUUCUCUACAGAAUGUCAAUGAAACAGGUGCCGUCUACUCCUGUCCUGUCUCAACAGACACCACUGACUGCUCCAGAAUGGACCUUGUCAGCACAACAAGCCCAUCUGAGAUGGUGGAAGGCAUGUGGCUGGGGGUGACAGUGGCCAGUCAGAGAGACCAGCUGGCAGGACGUGUGCUGGCAUGCGGGCAUCGCUAUGUGAGGAUCAUCCAAGGAGGCGCAGAGGAGCAGCGGCGGAUGAUAGGAAAGUGUUUUGUCAGGAGUAAUGACCUGACCUUUGACCCCAACGAUGAAUGGCAGACUUACAGUUAUGAGGUCUGCAACCCCAACUUUGACAUGGUGUUUGAGGGCAUGUGCAACAUGGGCAUCUCAGGCGGCAUGACAGACACUGACGUCUACAUCGGCGCUGCAGGCAGCUUCAUAUGGCAAGGAAAUGUUCAUGUAACAUGGAGAGAUCCAGCGAAUACCUGGGACUCUACAAACAAAGACUUUACACAGCUGAACAGACGAUACAGCUAUAUGGGUUAUUCAGUUCUUGAGGAGAAAAAGCUGCUGAGCCAUGAUGAUUACACAGUGGUAACAGGGGCUCCCAGGGAUGAAUCCAAGGGCUCUGUGGUGUUCGGGACAAAGAAUGACCAGAAGAUCGAGCUGACGCUCAUCAUCCCUGGGGAACAAGUGGGCUCGUACUUUGGAAACAGCCUGGCUGUCACCGACCUCAACAAUGACGAUUGGAAUGACCUGAUUGUGGGUGCCCCAUUUUACUUUGACCGUAUCAAUGACAAGGGAGGAGCAGUGUAUAUCUUCAUGAAUGAGAAUGGAUCUUUCCAGAAGACUGCCACAAUGGUACUGAAAGGUCCAUCAGCCUCUGCAUUCGGCAUUGCCGUGGCUGCCAUUGGUGAUGUCAACCAAGAUGGAUUCCAAGAUUUUGCGGUGGGAGCUCCAUUUCAUGGCACAGGACAGCUCUACAUAUGGAUGGGAAGUAAAAAGGGAAUCUCACAAGAGCCCAGUCAGGUUAUCGAGGGUAAGUCAGUGGGAAAUGGAGGAUUCCAGACCUUCGGCUACUCCAUCAGUGGAGGGAUGGACGUGGAUGACAACAGUUACCCUGACAUCCUAGUUGGCUCUUUGGACGACCGCGUGGCCUUGCUCAGGGCUCGUCCAGUCAUCCACUUAACUAAGAACUUCACUGUUGAGCCCGAAAUUGUGGACCCUAAUCAGUGUCUUGAAAAUACACCAUGCAUUACAGCUACUCUUUGUAUGGCUUUCACUCUCAGCAAUGGAAACAAAAACUUCAAGAAAAAUAUUAAGGUGGAGUACACAUUGGAGGCUGACAUAGAGAGGAGAAGAAGCCCUCGUGUUCGUUUUCAGGACAGUGAUAAUGACAAAUAUAAAGACUUCCUGCUCCUGUCAUCUUCCAAAUCCAAGUGUCAAACUCUGAAACUGACUGCAGUGAUGCCUGUAAAGGACAAACUGGAGCCAGUCGUCUUUUCCCUCAGCAUUUCCCUAAAUGAACAAAACCUUAAAUCCAGGCGUUCCAUGCAAAACCUAGAUUCCUUUCCGAUUCUCAGCCAGGACCAGAAACUGACUGAAAGCACUGAGAUUAACUUUCAGAAGGAGUGUGGCUCAGACAACAAAUGUAGCAGUAACCUGCAGAUGACAGCAGAGUUUGUUGAUGAAAACGACAAGCCUUACCCCAGGCAGGGCAAAUUCCAGGUACUACAGUUCAACAGCAGUAUAAAGAUAAUACGGCUGAUGGUGGAGGUGACUAACUUUCCUGGUCAUGGGAAACUGGCUGAAGACGCCCACCAGGCCGCGCUCAAUGUCCCCAUUCCUGACGCAUUGACAUACUCCGGUGUCAGGUCAUUGGAUCAUGAUGUACAAUGCAGUUUGGACAGCCCAAUGAUUUGUGACCUGGGGAAUCCACUUAAAGGCAACGAAAAGGUGUCACUUAUUCUCAAGUUUGAGACGUCAAGGAUCAGUCUGUACACACAAGAGAUUGAGUCCCAGCUGCUUUUGUCCACUCUUAGUGAGCAGAGUGACCUGAAACCUGUGACUGUGGCCCUGCUGAUCGAAAACACCAUUUUCCCAUCCUUCUCCAUAGUGAACGCAGUGGUGCACACAAAGUUCGGUGGGACUGUGAUGGGCGAGUCAGCCAUGGUCAACACCAGUGACGUGGGCAGUCUGGUGGAGUUCACCUUCGAUGUGACAGGACAGCCCCUGGGAGACAUGGGAACUCUGGCUGUGGAGUUCGAGUGGCCCUUUGAGGUAGCCAAUGGCAAGUGGCUGCUGUACCUGACGAAGAUUGUCGUCACAGGAGAAUCAGAGGUGGAAUGUAACCCUCCUGGAGAAGUUGUCAACCUGCUCAAUCUCACUUUGUCAGAGAGCGGACGAGCACGUACUAAACGCCAGAUUAUGGUGGAUGAUGUUGACGAUACGAGCCAGUCACAGAUAGGUGACACACAGGCAGCCAUCACACUGCCCACUCGUCGCAAAGGGAUCUACGUGUUGGACUGCUCCAAGGGGACAGCACGGUGCGUGACAUUUACCUGUCCACUGCUCAACAUGACGAAGUCAGCCAAGAUUUAUGUCCAGUCUCGUCUGUGGAACAGCACAAUGUUAGAGGACUAUUCCAACGUUCUGAGUGUAGAAGUCAAAGGUCAAGUCACACUGAAGCUCAUUACAGAUAAACCAACCAUCAGGAUGGACAGUCAGACCAGGAGGUUCACAGUAGAAAUAGAGCCAGUGGAGGGGGUGGAGGCCACCUAUGAGCUCCCGCUAUGGAUUAUCAUCUCUGCCGCCGUAGCAGGAAUUCUACUGCUGGGAAUAAUCAUUCUUAUACUAUGGAAGUGUGGCUUCUUCCAGAGGGCCAGCAGGAGGGAGAUGUAUGAGGCCAAGGCUCAAAAGGCUGAGAUGAAGAUCCAGCCCUCUGAGACAGAGAGGCUGACUGAAGACUACUGAGGCCCCCAUGGGUCCCCCCAACAGCACACACCAGUGGGGCUUUUGGCUUGGAUUCUUCAAGCGAGCCAUCUACUACCGGAUAAUGCCAAAGCACCAAGGGGUGAAGAUUUGCAAGGCUGAGCGCUAUCAGUUCAAUCUGGGAUUUCAGCCUGAGGAGCCACAGAAAAAGUACUGGAUCACAAACUGGACAGAGAUGCAGCAUUACUACUGAGGCUUUCUAUUUUGGACCCUGAUCCACUCACAGUCACAUUGGUGUGACAUGGGCCAAAAAGCAACAUUGGGCUAAAUCAAGGCCCCUGAACUCAGUGGCGCAUGGACUAAUUGUGGAUAGUUCAUUCAAUUUUUUUAUAACUUCAGUAGAUUUCAACUUUUCCAGUGCAAUAUACUGAACAUUUGUUUCAGAGAUUGUAAUUUUUAAGUAUUUUGGAUGAAUGCAGUGUUGUACAUUGGAAUUUGGUUUGCAUUCAAGAGUUAAUUGUGAAUUGCUUUGAUUAUGUUGCAGGUUUUUAUGUACUGAACUCGGUGUUUGCAUGAAUUUUUUAAUUAUUUUUUUCUUUCUGCAUCCUCUGAGAAAACGUUGAUGGUUAUUCAACAUGUUAUUUUCUACUAUGUCUGUUUUCCUCUCUAAUAAGAGGAAUAAGUCUGUUGAUUUUUUUUGCUGUGAUAAUGUAUGUCUGUCCCUUGGCAUCACUGAGGUCAGUGGUUGUAGUUUGUGUAAGGAUUUUAAAUCUACAGCAGUCAUUUUGGAGUUCAUUUUGAAACUGCACUUAAAAUAUGUUGACCAGCAUCCAUUCUGUCAUGACUAGACAUGUGUCUUUAGUAAGUUAUGUCAAAUGCAGUUAUGAUUGUGGCAGUGAUGUCACAUGGAAAAAGUGACUAUUUCUAUUUUAUUCACGGUACGUAGAAAAAUGUCCCUGAUUUUAGUGAAAAAGUACAGAGAGGUACGCAGUACUUACUGGUGAAUAUGACAUUUUAUAUUCCAGCUGGGUAUGUUUUAAUCAUCCACUUUAAAUUACACAACAAGAUUCAUCCAGUCACUGCUGCAACAAGCUAAAAAGCAAUAGCUUCUUGUCUGUAUGCAGAAUUAGCCAAUGUGUUGAUGAGAUGGUGGGAGCUUACUUGAUUAUUAUUUAUUACACUGCCUUGUGUUAUUAUAACAAAGAACCGCUCUGGAUAUCUUUAAAAAACAUCACAUACAAGGAGUCAUUUACACUGGAUUAAAUAAUACAUGAUCUUAAAUAUGUCUGGAGACUCUAAGCUCUAGCUUAGCUAUAUUAUAACAUUAUAAAAUGUACAUAGUGACAAGUUGGAUUGACUGAAUGAAUGCAUAUGUCAUUGGUCUUUGUUGUUUCAAUGUCUCUGAGCUUUGUGCUUUUGUAUGACUCAGUAAGAUGACACAUGGAUUGUUUCCAAGUUAUUGGAACAUGCGGCAUUGAACUGACUGGACCAGAAGAAGACAUUACUGAACGGUCUCUGAUGGGACUAAGUGUUGUGACUGCAGACCUACAGAGGCUCCAUUGACUCUGUGAGUAAGGGAAGGGCUAAAAUAGAUGCACAAACUUUGUUCUCUGUGGUGUUGUUCUUAAAUGUGCAGUUUCAAUGUAAUUAAAUUGUUUUUUUUAUCAACA